AUGGACACUCAGAGCCCCCCAAUCUCUAUUGCUCGCACGGCAUGCAAAGCAGGCAGCGCGAAGAGCGUAUCCUGGGCCACUCCCACACUAUCCCGCCUCGCGGGUAAGUUCUCUUACCACAAAACAUCAAGUUCAGCACAGGCUGAGCCAGUCAUCGAGUUCCAGCCAACUUUUCCUGCUCAGGGUUCACUCGCACAUGGCCGCAGGCAACAAGAGGACGUCGAAACCUUGUCAUUUGACGACAACGACUAUGACCUAAUUGACCGCAAUGAUGACCUCGUCCCAGAGGACGAGGGCGAUGACAAAUACGACCAGUGCGACUACGAAGGCGAGAUGGACUCCUUCCAGGAUGAGACUUUGAAAGCGGAGUCCGAUGACUUGUUGGACUCGCUGGACGAACUGUUCUAUUCAGUUGUCCCCAGACUCAUCCUAACAACUCCCGAGGGCGAGACCAUUACCGGCGACGAUAUCCCCGAGGGGGAAAAGUGCCACUACUCGAAGGAGUACCGCACCCUCCAACAGCGGUGGCUUGACAACCUCGCGGACAGCCUCGUCCCGGGCAACUGGAAAAGACUCCGCGAUUGGAACCUCCCGGAGAAGACCCCCCGUGAGAGACACCGCGCCGAGGAGAAGAAGCGAAAACGCCAGAGGGAGAAGGCAGAGAGCCAGCGACGCCGCCGAGAGGCUGACGCGGCGGAGCGCGCGCGGGAGCUACAGAAUGAGCAAGCGGGCCGGUACCUGGACGUAGAGAAGCGGCAUCAGGGAGAGCAGUCGUGGACGUGGUACCCUGAUGUCGACAUUCGGAAGUUGGUUGAGAACUUGGUUGAGACGUUGCUUGAGAAGUUGAUUGAGAAGAUGGUUCGGAAGAACGAGGAGGCGGUGAGAAAGCUCCAGCAGUUCACUGACGAGUUGAGUGCGAUAGAAGCUCGAGAGCGAGAUAGACUGGAAUCGUGGGGUCGCGUGCAAGCUUGA